CUUCAUCCCGCUCCAUCCAUCUCCGUUUACCGUGCGGCUUUAUUAGACACACACCCUCUUCACUUCCUUUCCCCCUUCGACCUUUUUAUUGACCCUCGACUCAGCUUCGAGACUUUUGUUUUCUUCUUCUUCCUCUACUCGCCAUCCCGGCUUCUUUGUCACCUUCUGUCGCUCCUUUCUGCGCUCGCCUGGUUCGCGCAUAGAAGCUCUUUUGUUUUUUUCUCCCUUCUGUCCUCCUCGCGUGCCUUCAGAAUGGACACCAUCAAGUCUCUUCCUCUGCCUACCCUCGAUCGUCCUUUCGGCAUCGAGCUAUGGCCUAUUUUCGCCAAAGGCUACCAAGCCAUCUUUGGCUAUUCCCCGUCCGAGUUCAGAUUCGAACAGGGAAAGACUCCCAUGUCGACCUGGCAAGAGACGGUGAUCGCAUUGGGUUCAUACUAUGUUAUAAUUUUCGGCGGGCGAGAACUUAUGAAGCACCGCAAACCGUUCGUCCUUAAUGGACCCUUCAUGGUUCACAACUUCUACCUGACCGUCAUCAGCGGUGGACUUUUGGCACUCUUCAUUGAGCAGCUUCUCUCCACCGUGGUGCGCAACGGCAUCUUUCAUGCAAUCUGCAGCUACGACGGUGGUUGGACCGAUCGCUUGGUCAUGCUCUACUACAUGAAUUACCUUACCAAAUAUCUCGAACUCAUCGAUACUGUAUUCCUGGUCCUCAAGAAGAAGCCCCUCACAUUCCUACAUACCUAUCACCAUGGCGCUACUGCCCUCCUUUGCUUCACUCAGCUUCUUGGCAACACUUCAGUCUCCUGGGUGCCCAUCACCCUCAAUUUGACCGUCCACGUGGUCAUGUAUUGGUAUUACUUCCAAUCCGCCCGUGGUAUUCGCAUCUGGUGGAAGAAGUACAUCACCAUGCUCCAAAUCAUUCAAUUCGUCAUCGACCUGUUCUUCGUCUACUUUGCCUCCUACACCUAUUUCGCUAACAGCUAUUUCCCAUGGGCUCCAAACUAUGGUACUUGCGCCGGAGAAGAGUUUGCCGCCUUCGCUGGCAUGGCUAUUCUCAGCUCUUACUUGCUCCUCUUCAUCUCCUUCUACUUCGCAACCUACCGAAAGCAAACCGUUUCCGGAAGACCUAGGAGAAAUACCGGAAAGGAAGCUCUCAUUGCCAUGAAAGACUUGCCUCUUCCAGAUCCACACAAGCUCCAGGAGGAAGAGAAGAAGAACAGCAGCAACGGUGCUGUCACGACUGGACGAUCUAGCGGACCUACCACCAGAUCACGAAAGGCUUAGGAAGCUGAUGUGGACGACCGCUUCCGCGACGAUAUGCUUGCUUUAUUGAAAAGCGCUAAACAAGAUCAACAUGCUUUAGAAAGACGAAUCAGCGAAGAAGUGGUCCGGCAACAGCUGGGCUCUGUCUUUUCGGAUCGUUCGGAAUCCGCUUGCAUGGAUUCUGGCUGUGAAUAGAUUUGGGAUAGGGCCCAUUUUAGAAUCAUCUGGACAGAAGACAGCCUGGAUCAUUAGACGAGGUACGGCGACGAAGAGAGACGGGGUGGAGACGAAUGCGACCGGGAAGGGUGUACAAGUAUUGGCGUCAGCAAAGAUUGGAAGCCUGCUCGACUUCGGGUUCAAGUCCAACAGCGCAUCCACGGAGUCGGGUUUUGCUUUGUAUUUGUGUAAUUACUGCAUACUCACUAUUAAUGCAUGAAAAGUAAUGUGCAAGGAAGCAGCAUUGUAUAGCACAGGAAAUAAAAAGAUGCAAAAACUUUCUUGAGCAG